GCCAAACAGGAUAUCCGGUGAUACCGGAAGACCAGCUCGUCUCCAUUCGCUCUCAUUUCUACAUUAAAUUAGCAAAUCUGGACGUUGUGAAGUGAUGUGUUUGGAGAGCGGAAGUGUUCUUUCACGGCUUGUCACUGGUUGCUGCUGCCAAAUGCGAAGUUAUGGACUGUAGAGUUGCGUUUGAGUUACUCUUUAAUCUUUAUUACGUCUUAGAUUAGUUGUUAGCUAACUAGCUAACCUUAAGUUAACUACCGGGCAGCCAGCUAGCGCGUUAGCCCACCAGCAUCGCUCAUUGAACACUGUCUGGUAGGGUCUGUGGAUGGGGAACAAUAGCAGCUGAUACCUGAAGAAAACUGUCCUUUUUGAAUCCUUCGGGUCGCCCCGUGCCCGUCACAUGCCCGAACCAGGCCCCAGGAUGAAUGGCUUUUCUCUCGGUGAACUGUGCUGGCUCUUCUGCUGUCCGCCCUGCCCCAGUCGCAUCGCGGCCAAGCUAGCUUUCCUCCCACCGGAGCCCACGUACUCCAUUCACACCGAUGCUAACGGGGUAAAUAGCUUACAUUUAAGUGAACGGGCGGACUGGCAGUACUCUCAGCGAGAGCUCGAUGCGGUGGAAGUGUUCAGCACCAGGAGCAGCCGGGGUAACCAGGUCGGCUGUAUGUUUGUGCGUUGCGCCCCGAGCAGUCGCUACACCCUGCUGUUCUCCCACGGUAACGCCGUGGACCUGGGGCAGAUGUGCAGCUUUUACAUCGGCCUUGGCUCCAGGAUCAACUGCAACGUGUUUUCCUACGACUACUCGGGCUACGGAGCCAGCACCGGCAAGCCCUCCGAGAAGAACCUGUAUGCGGACAUCGAGGCGGCCUGGCAGGUUCUGAGGAACAAGUACGGUGUUACACCUGAGAACACCAUCCUUUAUGGUCAGAGCAUCGGCACUGUGCCCACCAUCGACCUGGCUGCUCGCUACGAAUGUGCCGCUGUCAUCCUACACUCGCCACUCAUGUCCGGCCUUCGAGUGGCCUUCCCUGACACGCGGAAGACUUAUUGCUUUGAUGUCUUCCCCAGCAUUGACAAGGUUUCCAAGGUGGCGUCCCCUGUACUGGUGAUCCACGGUACGGAAGACGAGGUGAUCGACUUCUCUCACGGCCUAGCCAUGUACGAGCGAUGCCCCCGCGCCGUCGAGCCACUGUGGGUGGAGGGAGCAGGCCACAACGACAUUGAGCUGUACGCCCAGUACCUGGAGAGACUCAAGCAGUUCAUCUCCUUUGAGCUCCCCAGCUCCUGAGGGGAAGCAGCACUGAGGCCUGGGUUCAUCUUACCACACCGAAGAAGGCGCUUCCUUCCCAUCCCUCACCUCCUUCUCUCAGCAUAGGGGCAGGACUGAGCUGAUCACUUUGUUCCUCCCUGAUCUCUGAGCCAUUUCUGGGUAGGAAUGUGUAGUAGACUGGAAGAGGUCCAUGAGAGAGUUGUUGUAGCACUGGCCGUCGCUCCAACAUGUGGACACGCGUCAAUGAGCCCAGGCCGAGCCCAUGUUUGCACUGCUCAAUUUGAAUUAAUUCUCAACUCCUCCUUCUGUUCUUUCCUUACUUGAUCAUUGUUCUUUGUUUCCCCCGAGCUGUUUCCCCCCAGCUUCGCGUUUCACUGAGUCCUUACGCUGUUUAUCUUGUUUUUUCUGUUGCUUUUUUUAUACUAGGUGAAGAUGUAUCAAUUUUGCACCUUGAAAUACAAAUGAAGUUUUUGACUUUUUAAUGUAUUUUUAAGUUACCAUUCAGGGUUUUACCAAACGAUUGCACUUUUAUUGUGCAGAUAUUUUCAGGUAAUGGUCUCGUUUGGAAUGUUAGUGUUGAUUCUUAUUUUUGUUUAUUUAUCUGCAUUCCAUGUUUUCAAUGCAGGUAAGACUUUUUUCAGUGGCCUGUGUUUUAAACGCUGUAAACCAGAGCGCACAGAUGCACGUCUGGUCUUUCUAGUGGUCUUUGUAGUCCUGACGCAUGCUUCUCUCCCAUACAGGAAGACAAUAACACGAAGCCUCAUUGGAAAAUAUACCAAUUUAGAAUGCCUACCUCAUUGGCAUCCAAACAAAUCUACAUGAACAUCAUGGAAGUCCUUGAAUACUUUGGAGUCACUUCCUUAAUCCAGAGAUGGCAGUAAAGUACAAUAGGUCAUUGAAGUUGCAGAAAAUGACACCAGUGACAUUUCAGCACCUGGUAAAGCCAUCAAUGAAUAAGUGAUAUUGCUCCAUGACCCAUAGUUUAAUUACGUGCAUUAAAUCCUCACUCGUGCAGAAGCUUUCCUUAGUAAGAGAGAGCAGCAGGUGUUGUACUCUAGUCAACGGGAGAUCAUGUGCUCAUAAGAUCGGAUGAACAAACGCCCGUGGCUCGGUGCUGUGACCCAGAAUCGGGGGCUCGGUGCUGGAGAGUGCUCCGUGUCGCUAUCACUCCUUUGACUCUACAAGUAAAGCCUUAUGUCUGUACACAUUUCACCCAGUCCUGUUGACGACAGCAGGUCUUUGUGGACUUUGGUGGGGCUGAUAACCGCUGCUACUCCUCAGACAGUCAGUGAAUCACUGUGAAAGGCGGCAGUUUCGGGAGCGCUGAGAAGAAUCCUGACCGCUGUCAUCUCCUUAGUCAGCCUGCAGGAGGAGAAGUUCACCUGCAGAGCGCUGUGGUCCAAAGAAAGAACCACAAUGGCUGUGGAAGUAAGCCACGCAUGCAAAUCACCUCAUAACUGUGCACAUUUCAACUAUUGAUUAAUUUGUCCAUCUAACCUGUGACAAGUGAAACCGCAAAAGUGACCCAAAACACACCUUGUGAAGUGAACGCUGAUCUGUGUUCUGAGGAAGAAUUACACAGUGAUUAGUGAUGAUAGACUGCACACAAUCAUGUAUUGCUGUGAAGUGGUUUAUCAGUUAAGAAUUGUGUUUUCUCAUUCUAGCUAACGUUGGGCUUUCUUUUGGUUAAAGAGCCCUCAGUCAUCUCUAGUACAUUUUUUUUCAAACUCCUUUUUUUUAGGGAAAUGGUUUUGUGCUGAUUAUUGUUUUGAUACUGACAUUUUUUAGGUUUUCCAGUCUAAAUGUUGAUAUUUACACUGUCUCUGAAGCCAGUUUGUAUAAUAAGCCUCUGUAAUGGUAUAUUUAAUUAUCUUCUCUAUACAUAUUAGCCCUCACAAAGGGUGCUUGAGUCUCAUUGGUUUAACAUUACUGGAAUCACAUUAUGCAAAUGAAGAGCAGACAAAGCCACCAGAGCCUGACUGGUAAUGUGUAAAACAUGAUAUAAGCCUUAAACACGCCGAGAAAGUGAUUGUCAUUCAUUUGGUAGUUGCAAAAGGGCAGCAAAAUGGAUGUUGUAAUGCUCAUAAUGGAAUAAAGGAUGCAUGAAACCUGA